AUGUCGGGCGCCGCGGGGGACGAUGCGGAGUCGCUGCGCGCGGAGCUAGCGGCGGUGCGCGCGGAGGUGGACUCUGCGAAAGCGAAACUGCGCAAUGCCAUCAAAAAGGGCAAGCUGAUUGAAAGUGAGCGGAACGCCAAGGACGCAGAGAUCAAGCGCCUCAAUGCGAAGCUCCAGGCACGCGCGGAGCCAGCGGCGAAGUCCGCGCAGGACAGGCCGCGCGACGGCGACGGGCAGAGACUCCACGACCUCGAGAGCGAGAACCGCAUGAUGCAAGAGGCUCUCGAGGCCGCGGCGCAGACGGUGCGCGACUCGGAGGCGCGUGCGGAGCGCGCAGAGGCGGCGUCCUCCGCCGCGAACGCCGCGGUGGCGGAGCUCAAGGCGCGGCUCGCGGAGAAGGAGGGCAGGCUCGCGGUGGUCGAGGGGAUCGACGCGGCGUCCCAGGAGGCCCUGCAGGACCUGCAACGCCAGGUCGACGAGGCCGGCGCGAACACGCGCGCCGCCGAGCAGGCCCGCGACGAGGCCCGUGAGGCCGAGCACGCAGCGCGCGAGGAGGCCGUGAACCUCAACAGAAGACUGCAGGAGGCCAUUGCUGCCAAAGAGCGCGCCGAAGUGGCCGCCAGCGAGGCGCGCGACGCAGCAGCGGCCACGCUGCGGGAGCAGCAGUCGUCCGCGGGCGCUCGGGGCCGCGACGACGAGAUUGCGGCGCUGCGGAGCGAGGCGGAGGCGGCGCAACGCAGGUGUGACGAGUUGAGUGCGGAGGCUUCUGCGGCGCGGGAUCGGGAGAGUGCGGCGCGCCGGGAGAUGGACGAGAUGAAGCGGGACGCGGAGGGGCGGCGGAGGCGGUUCGCGGUGAUCCAGGAGACGUUUGGGGCGAAGGAGUCGAGUUUGAAGACUGAAAUUGACGAGUUGAGCCAAGAGUGCGAGGCGGCGCGCGCCGCGGCCGUUGCGGCGGCCCGCGAGCGCGACGAGGCGCGUGGCGCGGUGGAGCAGCUGCGGGCCGACGUCGCCGAGCUGCGCAGCGCCCUCGCCCGCGCAGAAAAGGCCUCGGAAGAUGACUCGGGGGGGGGAGUGAACGAAGCGCUCGCGGCGGCGCAGGCGGAGGCGGUGGCGCUGCGCGAGCGCGCGGCGGAGGCCCGGGAGCGCGUCGAGGAGGUCGAGGGGGAGCUGGAGCGCGCGAUGGCGCGGUGCGGGGCGGCAGAGGAGGCAGUGCGUGCUUCGGGGGCGUUGCGGGGGGAGUGCGAGGGGCUGCGGGCGCGCGUGGCGCAGCUGGAGGCGGACAGCGUGGCGGCGGAGGCGCGGGCGGCGCAGCGGGAGCGCAAUGCGGCGGACGCGGCGGCGGCGGCGGAGCGGCGGCGCUGGGAGGCCAUGGGCGCUGUGCCGGGCGGGGGGGGUGUGGGCGGCACGGGCGGGGGCGCCCAGGACCCGGACGCGGUGGCGCGGAUCAACGAGCUGUCGCGGCGGAACAAGGAACUCGCGUGGCAGGUCGCGAUGCUGUCGGGCGGGGAGGUGGAGGCUGCGAAGCUGGGCAGGGGGGGAGUCAGGAGGACGCCCCCGGGGGUGGCCGCGCCGGCGCCGAUGGUGGGCCCAGCGUGGUUGCCGCCUGCAGUGCGGCGCGUGCUGGGGCGGCCGGCGCUCGCGAUGCGGUACGCCUUGGUCGCGUACGUUGCGGUGCUGCAUGUGGCGCUGAUGUGGCGCGGACACGGCGCGGGGCUGUGCAGGGAGAUGCACGCGCCGCCGGGCCUCGAUGUCGGGCGCGCGGUGGCAUCGAACAGCACGGCGUGA